CGAUUUUCGACCCAUUACAACUGUGGAUUUUCAGGGAAAGUCUCGGUUUCUCCCCGUCUGGAGAACGUUUAGUUUAAUCACAGUGCGCGACAGAAUAUGACGUUGUCCGCGACGUGAAUAAAUUCAACAGGUGACUGAGGGACAUGAAAGGAAACGUGCCAAGCGAGACUCGUCUCUGUUUUUGCACGUCAUUUCUGUCCAGUGUGGACAGCAGAGGAGGGAAAGUAACGGAUUCCGACUGAAAUAAAACAACUUAUAUCUCAGCUAAAUAUGCCGUUCAAUGUUCACAUCAAGGUGACAUGAAACCUACAAAGUCCACCGGUAAGAAGCGGCCGUGGACUUCACGGAAGGCUCGUGACGUGACCCACACUGGUCUGGCACAAGCACUUGCCACGGUCAACGCGAUAAAUGAGCUGCAGGAGAAACGCCGGGAGGAAGAAGGUCUGAAAGCGUUGAUAGAGGAGCGAAAACAGGACUUGGAUAAGCUGCAAAGGUGCAUAGACGAGCGGCAGAAUGAGAGACUGAAGUCGCACACUAGCUAUGAAAUGUUUCAAAAGCACCAGGAGGCAGAAACUGCUUGUACAAAAGCUGUUGUAGAAGCAAAGACUGGGGCGGAUCAAAGAAAAAAGCAGAUAAAGUACUUAAAGAAGGAGAAGGCACAACUGCUGGAGAGGAAACAAAAGCUAAACCAUCAGCUGCAGAAGGUCAUCGUGUACUCACAUGUCAUGGAGCAGAUGGCGGAAGUGACUGAUUUCAGUGAUGCAGAGAUGCUUGCCGAUUGUUUGGAGAGACAACUGGACUUGAGAGAAAGUGUCCUGCAGUGGGCCGACGAGAGAACAGAGCAGAUGCACGAGAAUGACUUAGAGAAGAUGGAUGAGUUGGAGACUGAAGCUCAAACCUGGGCAGAAACGUUGGACCAAAUUCAGAAAGAUAUUGCAAGGAAAACCGAUGAAAUGGUUAACAUUCAGAAUGCAAUUCAAAACAUCUACAACAUAGUCGGUGGCGAAUCACAAAAAGACCAAAAUAAACAGCUGACCGAGAUCAAGAUGUUCAUCGCUGUCCAUCAAGACAAAAUGCAACCACCAAAAUGUGGAUCCACAUCCAAACCCACCCAGACGCAGUCCUGUCCGGUCCUGGACCUAUGAUGAUAAAUCCUUGAUGAUCGUCAUGUUCUGACAACACAUUGGUGUCUUAACUGGCACAGCUUAAUAGUGCUAGAGGUCCAGCAAAUGCAGCCUGACAGCUUGAAGUGUAAAUCAUCACAAGAUGAGAGGCUCCUCAGACAAUCAAAUCAAUGAAUUCUGAUGAACAAUUCAACUGGAGUCAGUCAAGUAAACGCACACAAAAAGGAAAAGAGAAGGAAGAACAGAAGAAUGUAAAAGUAUUCUCCUUUAUGACACAUUCCAUUUUCCUCCAUAUACAAGGAAACCAGGUAAAUAUUAUGGGUUGUAAAAUGAUAAUAGGGAGAGAAAAGAAAGAACAGGAAAAAAAGCCUUCUCAGUUUUUGGUCUUUCAUUUUAGUUAGAUAAUGGGUAACUAAAUCUUGUAUAUGGAUGGAAACCAAAGGUUGGAUGGGGAAAACUCACAAUUUGGUUAAGCUUAACACUACUUUGUUACACAUCAGAAGCCAUUAAGAUUAGCUCCAUGGUUUUAUUUUUAUCAAUGAGUCAUGUUUUAAAAUCUUGCAAAAUAUUGUAUUUAUGUCUUCAACUUAUAAGCAUCUAUCAACUACAGCUGUUUGGAGUAAUUAAUAGAAUAUUUUAACUGAAAUGUGGCAAACAGGAGUUGUGAAGUAGCAGAAAAAUGUAGUUUGUCACUGAAUGACCUUCUGACAGAAGGUGUGGGGUCUUUGAACUUUGGCGAAGAAUCGCAUUGACAAAUCAGUGUUUCUCCGGAUGACAUCAUGUACUUGCAAGUGGCCAGACUCAGCUCAUAAUGGAUAACGGCUAAUUUGGCCAGGCCAGGAUUACCUGGAGUUAUACCAACUACAGGCGUUUCAUCCCAGCGACGGAGUGUCUGCUCGCCAUGCGAGUAUGAAGUAUAUGAAGUAGUAGUAUAAGUAUGGAAGUCAUUCUCAUCCAUACAGAGCUCCCCAAGUAUACAGUGACAUUUGCCUGGCUCUAGAUGAUGUUUGGCAACCACAACAAACAAAAACAUUGUGUUGUCUGACCUUGGCAUUAGUUGGACCCAACCUACUCUCAACCCCCUGUACCUUGUACCUUACCAUCAGCAACACUUACCAGACAAGACACCACAAGGUGACUGAUAACGACAGCAGCCACAGCCCACCAGCGCGACUUCUCACAGGCAUCAAAGAACACAACGCCCCAGAACAUGUGAAGCAAGAUGAUGGCCAUGGUCAUGAAGGCUGAAAUAAAGAAACAAAAUUAAAGCUGCAGCCACUUUCUCAUUCUGCCUUUUAACAAACCACCCGAAAACUGGUGGACUGUUUUGUCUAAUUUUAAUAAUGAAGAUUAAUGGACUUCGACCAUUGAUAUCACGGCAUUCAUGUGUGGAGAGUUAUCCAGUAAAUCGAGAUGCAAACAACAAAACAAACAUUUUUAAUUUUAACUUGUACAGCUGUUUGGUAAGACAUGACGGAACUGUUACCUGAGGACAGAAAGUAGUGCUGUGAGUCUCCGUGGAUGCCGACAGUCCCUGGUCCCACAGAGUCGGCCAAGAUGUUUACCACUGAGAAGGCUCCACUCAUGAAGCCAAAGCCAAGGCCGGACACUGAGAUAAAAACAACAGAAAACCGAGAAAUUCCACACCAGAGAUCUGAACUUGAUUUUGUCAACUGUAAAAAUUCAUGCCAGCCAACAGUGCCAGGAAGCUUUAAGAAGGAUUACCCUUGGCACCCUCUCAAACUAUCUAACAAACUCACAUCAUUAUCAUUCUGUAAAUG